GUUUUUCUCCAUUAAUUUUGCCGGAAACCCGAAAAACAGAUCAAUGGAAGAUGAGAAGAAUCCGCCUCCUCUGGAUGAAGGUGAUAUUGCCCUUCUUAAAUCUUACGGAGAAUCAGGACCUUAUAUAACUGAAAUAAACAAAGCCGAGAAAGAUAUCAAAGAAACGGUGAAGAAAAUAAAAGAUUUAAGCGGUAUCAAGGAAUCAGACACUGGUUUAGCUCUACCAAGCCGAUGGGAUCUCCCGUCCGAUCAACAGAUGUUGAAGGAGGAGCAAUCUCUCCGCGUGGCAAGGUGUACGAAAAUUAUCAACCCAAACACCGCAGAGGAGCAAGCAAGAUACGUUGUCACGGUCCGCGGCGCCGGGAAAUUCGUGGUCGGGUUAGGCGACAAGGUCUCCCCGACGGACAUCGAAGAAGGGAUGCGGGUCGGCGUGGACCAGACAAAGUUUCAGAUUCAGAUUCCGUUGCCUCCGAGAAUCGACCCGAGCAUUACCAUGAUGACGGUCGAAGAGAAGCCGGAUGUGACCUACAACGAUCUCGCGCGGUCUAAAAAAGCUUGCAUUCUUUUCUUCGAUGAAGUUGACGCCAUUGGAGGUGCGCGGUUCGAUGAUGGUGCCGGCGGGGACAAUGAGGUUCAGCGUACAAUGCUUGAGCUUAUCAACCAGCUUGACGGAUUCGAUCCUCGUGGAAACAUCAAAGUGAUCAUGGCUACUAACAGGCCGGAUACUCUUGAUCCGGCCCUGUUACGGCCUGGUCGGUUGGACCGUAAAGUCGAGUUCGGUUUGCCUGAUAUGGAGAGUAGGGCACAGAUUUUAAAGAUUCACACACGAACAAUGAAUUGCGAUAGGGGUAUCCGGUUUGAACUUCUUGCGCGACUUUGUCCGAAUACAACCGGUGCGGAGAUCAGGAGUGUCUGCACGGAGGCAGGAAUGUUUGCGAUUCGGGCAAGGAGGAAGACGGUAACGGAGAAGGACUUUCUAGAUGCCGUGAAUAAAGUCAUCAAGGGCUACAAAAAAUUCAGUUCAACUGCAAAAUAUAUGGUUUACAAUUAA